AUGUCUCCCGCCGAGGAGAAUGGAAAAUCUGAGCAGACUCCUGUCUCGAACUUGCUCAUCAAGCGGCUGUCCGAGAAGGCCAAGCUUCCUACGCGGGGAUCGCCUCUCUCUGCAGGCUAUGACCUUUACAGCGCAGAGAGGAAACUGAUCCCAGCGCAUGGAAAAGCUUUAGUUGACACGCAACUCUCCAUCGCCGUCCCCGCGGGAACGUACGGUCGUGUUGCUCCUCGGAGCGGACUCGCAUCCAAAUUCAUGAUUGACACGGGGGCAGGCGUCAUUGAUGCUGAUUACCGCGGGGUACUAUUCAUUCUGCUGUACAAUCUCUCAGACCAGGAUUUCCAAGUCGAGGAGGGAGACCGCAUAGCACAGCUCAUUCUCGAGCGCAUUGUGACGCCCGAGGUUCUGGAAGUCGACGAUUUGGAUGAGACGUUGCGUGGCGGAGGAGGUUUCGGUUCAACCGGCGGGCACAAUGCGCUUUAG